GAUCUCUGUGUUCUUUUUCUGAUGAGUGAUGAUCAAGUCCACGAGGUUUUUCAACUGAUGAAGAUGCUAAGAAAGAAAGAAUCAGUUUUUUUUUUUACACGUGCAGACUUGAGAGCUUAUCACAAUUGGGUCUUUCCAGAAGAGGGAGAGAGUCAAAGUCAACUAACUGAGCCUUAAGCCGUCCAGUCAAACCAACAUGUAGAAGCCUUCCUUUGACGAAUUACCUAAAGAAUUAAUGCGAAGUUAUAAGGUGGGUGAUAUGUUGAAAAUUUGCUUGGUCUCUAGUUUGAAUUCUUCUCCUAUUUAGCUCAACAUUUCUGAAAAAGUAUACAUAUUACCCAGCACAAACACCCUCCUAUCUUUCUUCUGGUACUAUAAAUUCAAGAAAAUUCUUUCUGGUUUUCUAGAAUCUCCUAACAUCUCUGAAUCUUCAAUCUUGCUCUUGGGUUUUGCUCAUACGGUUUUGUAGUGUUCCCAAAAGGGAAAAUUUCUUUCUGGGUUUGUUUGACAUUUGAAAAGCUCAAAACUUUUAAGCUUUUGGUGAUUCAAUUUGGACUGAGAAAUGGGGGAUAAUUCAGAGCUUGGUGGGCAGCUUAAUGAAUCGGUUGUGCUAACAGGAAGAAUCAUGAUGGGGGCAGGGAUCGGUUUGUUCUUGGUGGUGGCCGCUAUAUUCUCCGUCCAUCUUUACACCAGAUGGUUCUGGCGCCGCCGCCCGGACCUCACUAGCGCCGCCGCAGCACGGCGGGACGACAGUCAAGAAGUGGCUAUAAGAAUAGCCCUACGCAAGGGUCUGGAGCCCUCAGUACUGAAGACCAUACCAGAAGUUGAGUUCAGUUCCAAAGAUUUUAAAGAAGGGCUAGAAUGUGUGGUUUGUCUCUGUGAAGUCUGUGAGGGUGAAAAGACUAGAUUUUUACCCAAAUGCAACCAUGGGUUUCAUGUGGAGUGUAUUGACACGUGGUUUCAAUCACAUUCCACCUGCCCUUUAUGCAGAAACCCAAUCUCAAACCCUAAUUCAUCACAGCCAGCAUUGAACCCUAUCCCUGGAGUAGCAGCAGCUUCUGCUGAGGCUCCUAAUUUCCCCACCAAUGUGUUGUAUUGGGGGGACGAGACUCGGGUUAGCACCCUCGGUCCUUGUUUGGAUGAGCCUCGUCGGGACCCUAUUUCUCCCGAUCCCGAGCUGCCUUGUUCAUCUUCAGCUGCAGCAAAAGUAGGAGCAGGAGGUGCUUCAGUUAGUACUAGGAUGUUGGUGAUCGAUAUUCCUAGGCAGAUUGUGGACGAUGAUGAUCAAGAAUCGCCUAUGAUCGCGGGAUUGAGGUCUCUGAGGAGGCUAUUGAGCCGGGGAAAGAGGGUUGAUAAUCCUCGUCCUCGUGGUCCUAGUGUCAAUAUAGAUGUAGAACAAGGCGGGAGAAGUUGAAAGCUAAUAUUGGUUGAAAGCUAUGGAAUGUGAACAUAAUUUAUUGGAUUCAAUAUACUGCCCUGAAAUAUAUAGAGGAUUGGCGUUUUGGGACAUAUGACAUAUUGUCAUUCUGGUAGACGAAUGAAGUCUCCAGUUUUUAUGUUCGAUGAUUCUAUGUUCUUUGAUUCUUGAUGCAGGUCAAAACUCGGUGCUUUGAUCUCUGCAUCCUAUAUAGAUGAAUUGUAGUGGUAUUCUUUCUCGAGAGUCCUAAGCUCUCCCCGGUGUACAAACCUCAAACUGUUACAUUAAUCAUGUGUUUUAUCUCCAACAUGUGCAAUACAACUAUACAAGUUUUCUUGUUUUGGUUCA